UGGGAGAGAAAUCAACCAUCUGAAGAAGCCCCUCCUCUCCUACUAUCACCAGUUUUUCUUCAGAGCAACUUUGAUUGUGGGUUCUCUUCUCUGGAUCGGCUCUGUGUGUAGAUUGAGAGUUGCCGUGAGGCUGCCGAGAAAUCGAUCAGAUUACAAAAGGCGUGUGUGUGCGUGGGGGGGUCAUUCAGAAAAGAGGCUCGGAAGGCAAGUGAACAGGGCUGUCAAACCAAAGAUCUGGAUCCACAAAGAGCCUGCCAUAAUCCGGAUCUUUGCCUAGUAGGGACUGUAAAACUGCCACCUUUCAUGAAUGCCCGCAGAACUCAAACAGGAGCAAAGCCCCAGCAACCAGACAUCAAUAACAAUGAUGCAAGAGCCUCAGGAGAUGGUAGAGGAGACUGUUACUGUUGAGGAAGACCCGGGUACCCCUACGUCCCAUGUGUCUAUUGUGACUUCAGAAGAUGGAACCACAAGGAGAACUGAGACUAAGGUCACAAAAAUGGUCAAAACAGUCACCACUAGAACAGUACGCCAGGUCCCCCUGGGGCCCGAUGGCCUGCCGGUAAUGGACAGCUCCUCUCCCAUGGGCAGCUACACAGAUUCAAUAGACAGAAGAUACAUGAAGAAUGGUGAGCGUUACAUCACACCACAAGCUUCGUCCACGUUGACCAGAUCUUACAAUAGCUACGAUUCUUAUCCCGACGGCCACGACAGCCAGUAUCGCCCUUUUAUCAGCCACGAUGGCUAUGGAGACCUAGCUGACAAUUACGGCAGCUUGUCCCGUGGCAUCAACUACCGUCCUCGUUAUGCCUACAUGCCAGGAAACAGUUACCGGCCAGAGGAUGGUAGUUUUACCUUGCCAAGCAGGAGGGAUAACUAUGGUCCCAUCGCCCAGCCCCAAGUGCCAACAGGCAGCAACGUUGACUUGAAUCGCUCCCAGCCAGAACGUUUCCAGCCAGAGCCUUAUGGAUUGGAGGACGAUAACCGCAGCCUCGGGGUAGAUGAUGAAGGGUAUGAACUGGACCCAGAUUACUCCACAGUGAACCGAAGGACAUCUGCAGGGGUGCCCGAGAGGGGGAGACCUCACAAAGGAAGGGGCUACGAUGACCCUGUUGAGUCAGAGAUGGUUGAUGAGAGGAUCCCUUACCUUCAUGGUGGCUACGCAGCACCAUUAGCACAGCCAGAGAGGGGGAGCAUGGCCAGCAUCGAACGCCUGGGCAAGCGUUCCCCCUCCAUUGACAGCAUCCGCAAAGACCCCAGGUGGCGGGACCCUGACCUCCCUGAAGUGAUUGCCAUGCUCAGUCACCCCAUCGAUCCAGUCAAGUCCAACGCGGCAGCAUACUUGCAGCACCUGUGCUAUGAGAACGAUAAAAUAAAAAAGGAUGUGAGGCAUCUGAAAGGGAUUCCCAUCUUGGUGGGUCUGCUAGAUCACCCAAAGCCAGAGGUUCAUCGCAAAGCUUGUGGGGCUCUCAGAAACAUCUCUUACGGGAAGGAUAAUGAGAACAAGGUGGCUAUAAAGAACUGCGAUGGGAUCCCGGCACUGAUCAGGUUAUUGCGGAAGACAAACGACAUGGAAGUCAGAGAGCUCAUUACAGGCACUCUUUGGAACUUGUCAUCCUAUGAGCCCCUGAAGAUGGUGAUCAUUAACCAUGGCCUUCAGACACUGACAAACGAGGUGAUUAUCCCCCAUUCCGGAUGGGAGGGCGAGCCAAAUGAGGACUCUAAGCCUCGGGAUGCUGAAUGGACCACGGUCUUCAAGAACACGUCUGGCUGCUUGCGGAAUGUAAGUUCAGAUGGCGCAGAAGCUCGGAGAAGACUAAGAGAGUGUGAUGGCUUAGUGGAUGCUCUCCUUCAUGCUCUACAGUCUGCAGUUGGCAAGAAGGAUACAGAUAACAAGUCCGUGGAGAACUGUGUGUGCAUUAUGCGAAACCUUUCAUAUCACGUCCACAAAGAGGUCCCAGGAGCCGACAAGUACCAAGAGCUGGAUGCAAAUCAGCCUACCAGCACAGGAGGCUCUCAGAAGAAGAAGAAAGAGGACGCUGGCUGCUUUGGAGGGAAGAAAGCUAAAGGAAAGAAAAAUGGAGAUCUGGACAGGAACUUUGAUACACUUGAUUUGCCCAAGCGGUCCGAAGCAGCAAAAGGCUUUGAAUUGCUCUACCAGCCGGAGGUGGUCCGGCUCUACCUCUCGAUCCUCACUGAAAGCCAGAACUUCAACACUUUGGAAGCUGCAGCAGGGGCUUUGCAGAAUCUCAGUGCUGGAAAUUGGACAUGGUCCACGUACAUCCGUGCAACAGUACGAAAGGAGAGAGGCUUACCAGUCCUCGUUGAGCUUCUCCAGUCUGACUCUGACAAGGUGGUGAGAGCUGUGUCAAUUGCACUGAGGAAUCUCUCUAUGGAUCGUCGCAAUAAGGAUCUCAUAGGUAGUUAUGCCAUGGGUGAACUGGUAAGAAAUUUGCCUAGCAGGCAACAGAGAUCUGCUAAAAACCUGGAAGAGGAUACAGUGGUUGCAGUCUUGAAUACCAUCCAUGAAAUCAUUACUGACAGUUCAGAAAAUGCAAGGUCCCUGAUCCAGACACAGGGCAUUCAGAAGCUGGUAGCUAUCAGCAAGUCAAGCCAGUCCCCCAGGGAAACAAAGGCAGCAUCUCAUGUUCUUCAGAUGGCCUGGAGCUACAAAGAGCUACGAAAUGUCCUACAGAAGGAUGGAUGGAACAAAUCCCAUUUCCAGUCUGUCUCUGCAGCACCAAAGGGAUCCAAAGGUACGUCUGGCAAGUCUGGCUAUGAUGAUAGUACUCUGCCACUGGUGGAUAAAAGCCAAGAUAAUGAGAAGGCUGGAAGUCGUGAUAUGAUUCCUCUGGAUGAACUUGGUCCAGAUGGGUACUCCACCAUCGAUCACCGGGACAAAGAGCGCAAAUACAAGACCAAUGACAAUAUAGGGGAUGCAUCGGAGAAAGAACCUUUAAAAAAUGACACAAAUAGGAAAAACAUUAACAGGAGUAACAGGGCUUCGGUGAAUCUGGUGGAUGCCCGUGACAUUAAACCCCAGCCUGUUGACUCCUGGGUCUAAUUUGCAUGCAUGGGCUAGAGUCCAACUACUUUUUUUUCUUUUUUCUUUUUUACUGAGGGGAAAAAACCAAUUUGAACCAACACAGAGGAUCUCAUUUAUCACCACUGCCAUUCAGAUUCGGAGGGCGCUGCAUCAGUGAACAGUCUGCAGAUUCUAGGAGGGUGUGGGGAGAAAACAGACAACUGCCAUCAGCCAACCCUGGAGCACCAUGCCUUACAGCAAGACAAUUUGCUUUUUAAAACUCAAUUACAUUCCCACCAGACACAGCCACCUCCCUUUGCCUCCCUCCCCCAUCAAAGAAGAAAGAAUCCAAGCUUACAUCUAAACGGUUAGGUUCUUAGAUGACUCUUAAAUGAGGAUGGUGCCAAGGAUGAAAAGAGAAGGUCACGUGGUGGGAAAGAGGACCGCUUUGCAAGUGAAAGAGGAACUGCAGAAUAUUUGAAAUAUAUCUUAGGUAUAGUCGUGAGGAAACUAGCACUUUUCAUUUGUUUUUUGGGUUUUGUUUUGAACUGUGAAUUUAAUUUUUAAAAAAAUUUUAUAUUAGGGAGUUUGGGUUUUUUGGUUUUGAGCUUUUAUUUGUUUUUGGUUUUUUUCACAAGAAAUGCAGGAAUGUUGAGUGGGUUUGUUGGAUUUUAAUGAAAGGAGAGAGAAACUAUUUACGCUGGUUGAACGGACUGGAACGUAGACAGCGAAGUUGAUGCGAGCUGUAUAAUCCGCUAUUAGAGUAAGCGAUAUCACACUGUGCUAUAUUAUCAUUAUAAUCUGGUGUAAAAUACUUCUGCCUUUUGACUUCUGUAAUGGUUCUGUUUUUACUUCCACAUAUGUAAACAGUUUGUUGAAGGUUUCACUCCCAAUUCAGAAAUCUGUGCUAAGAAAUGGAGUUGGCUGCCUUUUUAUUUUUAUUGCUCAUGAUGAUUGCAGUAAAGGAGUUGCUUCCCUCUCUUCUUCCCCUCCCCCGCCCCAAGUGUUGAUGUUGGGUUAAUGAUUAUUUUAAUCUUUAACAUAAUUUUAUUUUCCCAUAGCUGUUAACACAUCGGGGAAGAAUGGAAGCUUCCUCAUUAGGGAGUUCCCAUUAGAAUACACUGUAAUCUUCAGAUGAGUCCGCCCCUUAUAUUUUUGCUGAUAGACUCAGUUUCUAUUGGAUCCAUGCGUGUUUUGGGCUGUCGAGCCUGAUGAAAAGUGCUACAAAGGGAACUGAUAUAUUUUUUAAAGAAAUCAUCAUCCUGGUUUUGUUUUUGUUUUUUGAGGUUGCACACUUAAGUAAGGGUCAAAUUCAGCCACUUGCUGAGGGUCUGCUCAAAGCCACCUGGUAGGCCAUAGGCAGACUCUCUGCACAAGGGUGAAUUUUUGCCCCCGCGGUCACAUUUUACACAUACGCUAUCUGGUGAUGCUAUGUAUUAAAUGCAAAUCACUGAUUUCCUUCGGGUUUUGAUCCAAUGAAGGAGAAGGAUGAAAACAAGAAUCAAAUCUCUCUCCUAGCAUUGGAUGGAUGCCUUUUACUUACUUUUGUUUAGUUACCAUUGUCAUUUGGUUGCCAUGUUUACACCUACAAGUUCUUAAAUACAGUGUGACUGGAAAGCACAUUUUUGAAGCAAGCAAACUUAAUUUUGGGAUUUCAGUGCCUGCCGUUUCCUUUGUACAUUAAAAAUGAAAAAAAAACCCAACAAAAAACAAAAUAUUACUGUAAUAGUAAACGUCUAAUUUUUUGUACAAAAUUAAAAAACUAAAAAAAAAGCAAGCAUCAAGAGCUUUGUAUCUUCUUGAGUAUAAUAAAAUUUGACAUAUAUAUAUAUAUAUAUAUAUGCAUAUAGUUGUGCAGAGGAUAGGUUGCCAAAACCGUGUGAAGUAGUAUGCAGGACUGUUGAUUCAGGGAAAGACUGAUGCCCAAGCUACACACACUAAUUUGCUCCCCCUUCCCAUCUGACUCGCACAGAGGGGUUACGUCUGGGUCCUAAGAACGGUGGUGUUGCUGGAGCAAAGUAAGAUUACAGUCAUUGGUUAUGUUUACCCUUGUGAGAGAGUCCUGUGAGGUCAAAGACGCUUAGCUGGUUGAGGGAGCCAAAGACAGAUGCAUCUCUGACCAUUUGGAUUCUGAUGGGCGGGGAGUUCUUUCUUCAUGUAGAUGUAAAGCAUAGAGAGUGAAACCAGAUGCAUAGUUUUACUGUAUAUUCUAACAAUGGUGCUCUUUUCAUACUUGUUCUACCAAUAAGUGGAGACCCUUUUAACCAGGCUGUUACACAGAAGAGUUUUAUACUGCUUUGGUUUCUGUACCUUGUGUGUUCUUUUUGUAUAUGAAAGGAUUUAAAAAAAAAACACCUUGCUUCAGCAAUUAGCAAUGGAACCUUCUUUGUAACCUAUUAGAAGUGCAUAAGGAAAGGUCCCAGGAGACUCUGGUAUCAAUCUGUCCCUGGUUAAUUUUAUCAGAGUAUUGUAUUUACCAAAGGAGUCUCAGCAAAAGAUUACUGCAAAUAACUAGCCAAAUGUUGCAAGGCUUUUCUGCUAAGUCUUUGCAAUGUAGUUAUUCUACAAAUAUUCCAAAGCCAAGGAGAGGUUAGGAGGGAGAAUGCCAAAAGGGGAAGGCUGUAGGGAAACACACUAGGGAGAGGAGACGGGGCAAUAAACUUAAAUGAUCUCCUAUCCAGAGAGAGACCCCAACAAAAACCUAGAUCUAAACACCCAUGGUAUAGGGAUAUUCAAAAUCUGGAUCAGAAUCCAGAUCAGGCAAAUGGCCUCUCUCUUUAUAAUGGGCCGAACCAAAAACACAGGGGGUUUGAGAAGCAGAUUGUGUUUUAUAUUCUAAGCAGAAGCCAUCCUACCCCAUUAGAAGGAAUGGAACUGGAUGCUUGGAAUCAUUUGUGGCUGAUUGUUCUUUUUCCUUGUUUCCUGCUUAGUCUUUUUGUGACUGCUUUGUUUGCGAGGCUUCUUGCUACUGAACAGAAGACACCCUACCUCCCCACCAGUUAAUAGUAUGAGGUGUUUAUACCAAGAGGCAAAAUACCGGGACUGUUAACAGGAGCAGUGGGGCUCUGACCACACUCACCACAAUGAAGAUUUACUCAGAGUAUGUAGCAAUAACAAGAAUUUGAUCCUGUACAUUUCACUGCUUUUCUUCUGCUCCUCUCCUGCAAGCCUUUCCCUGGGAUCCCAAGGCUGACUUAGACAUGAGAAUGGCCUCCAGUGUUAGCGGCACCUCCCACCAGCCUAGACCAAAUCAGGAAACUCUCUACUUUAAAAUGACACUGCUGAUCAAUCCUAGCAUCACAUUUAAUCAAGUGGCAGGGAAAGCACGUGGCAGAGGGUGGGCUCACCUGUGAGAGGCACUCUUACAGAAAUGUAUUGGUGCAGGGCCGAUGUAUGGUAGCUAUACCGUAUGAGGUCCCAUAUGAGGAGACAUUAAAGAGGCUAAGACUUUUCAGCUUGGAAAAGAGGAGACUAAGGGGGGAUAAGCUAGAGGUAUAUAAAAUCAUGAGUGGUGUGGAGAAAGUGAAUA